GCGCCAUUUUAGCAUCGGGAGCGCGGCGGGUACCGGUCUCUGGACGGCGUAACGGCAGCAGCGCGCGCGGCCCGGGGCAGGCCUCCUCGUUGCCCGUUGGCAGCAUCUGGGACAGAUAUAAUUGACACUGAAAAAAACCUGUCAUCACUGUCAGAUACCUUGUGUCCACUGUUGGCUCUCAAAGGUUACUAAAAUUUUUGCAGCUGCUCUGCAAGAGAACUACCUAAGCUUCACUUACUAUUGCUUCUUACACCACACGGCACUGCUGCUUUACUCUUCUUCUACUGCUUCAGAACACAAUAAGAGAUUUUCUUUUUUAAAACCCUGCAAUGAAACUUAGGCUAGAAGUAUGUGCCAUUCUCUUGCUGCCUGUGUACUUGGUGAUAUAUAUGUACAGUAUGCUUGUAUUUAUUCCCUGGUAUUUUCUUACCAAUGCAAAGAAGAGAAAGGCUAUGGCAAAACGUUUGAAAGCCAAACCCAUCUCGGACAAACCUGGAAGCCCCUACCGUUCUGUCACGCAUCUUGACUCACUAGCAAACAUAAACAUUCCUGGAGCAGACACGCUGGACAAGCUGUUUGACCAUGCCUUAGCAAAGUUUGGGAAGAAAGACUGUCUUGGGACCAGAGAAGUACUGAGUGAAGAAAAUGAAAUGCAGCCAAAUGGAAAAGUGUUCAAAAAGUUAAUUUUAGGAACUUACAGAUGGUUAUCCUAUGAAGAAGUAAAUGAGAAAGUGAAUCGCCUGGGGAGUGGACUAACUGCCCUGGGACUAACCCCAAAGAGUACAGUUGUCGUAUUCUGUGAGACACGAGCAGAAUGGAUGAUUUUAGCUCUGACCUGCUUCAAGUACAACUUUCCUCUUGUUACAUUGUAUGCCACCCUGGGUGAAGAGGCAGUGACCUAUGGUCUCAAUGAGUGCGGAGCAUCCUACCUGGUCACUAGUGUAGAACUUCUGGAGAGCAAACUGAAGGCUGCAUUGCCACAAAUCUCCUGCCUUAAACAUAUCGUUUACGUGGACAAGAAGACCAUCAAUAAAUCAGAAUACCCUGAAAAUGUGGAGAUUCACAGUAUGCAGACAGUAGAAGAGCUGGGAGCCAAACCAGAAAACUCAAGCAUCCUACCAAGCAGACCCGUUCCUACAGACUUGGCUUUAGUAAUGUACACCAGUGGCUCUACUGGGAGACCUAAAGGAGUGAUGAUGAUGCAUAAAAACUUAAUAGCUGGAAUGACAGGACAGUGUGAGAGAAUACCUGGACUGGGACCAAAGGACACAUACAUUGGCUAUUUGCCUCUGGCCCACGUGUUAGAGCUGACAGCAGAAAUCUCCUGCAUCACAUAUGGCUGCAGGAUUGGCUAUUCCUCUCCACUCACCCUGUCGGAUCAGUCCAGUAAAAUCAAGAAGGGAAGCAAAGGAGACUGUACUGUACUUAAGCCUACACUGAUGGCAGCUGUGCCUGAAAUAAUGGACAGAAUUUAUAAAAAUGUCAUGAGUAAAGUUCAAGAGAUGAACUAUAUUCAGAGAACUCUGUUCAAGAUAGGCUAUGACUACAAAUUGGAACAAAUCAAAAGGGGAUAUGACGCACCUCUGUGUAAUGUACUGUUGUUUAAAAAAGUAAAGGCACUGCUGGGAGGGAAUGUUCGUAUGAUGCUUUCUGGAGGAGCACCACUCUCCCCUCAGACACAAAGAUUUAUGAACAUCUGUUUUUGCUGUCCUGUUGGUCAAGGCUACGGACUGACAGAAACAUGCGGAGCUGGAACAAUUACAGAAGUUGCCGAUUACAGCACUGGCAGAGUUGGAGCUCCACUUAUUUGUUGUGAAAUAAAACUGAGAGACUGGCAAGAAGGGGGCUACACUAAUAAAGACAAGCCUAAUCCUAGAGGAGAGAUUGUAAUUGGUGGACCUAAUGUCUCAAUGGGAUAUUUCAAAAAUGAAGAGAAGACAACAGAAGAGUUUUCCAUUGAUGAGAAUGGUCAGAGAUGGUUCUGUACAGGAGAUAUAGGGGAAUUUCAUCCUGAUGGGUGUCUGCAGAUCAUAGAUCGUAAAAAAGACUUGGUAAAACUACAAGCAGGAGAAUAUGUAUCUCUGGGCAAAGUAGAGGCAGCACUGAAGAACUGUCCAUUGAUUGACAACAUCUGUGCUUAUGCCAAGAGUGACCAGUCUUACGUGAUCAGCUUUGUGGUUCCUAAUCAGAAGAAGCUGAUGGCAUUAGCUGAGCAGAAAGGCAUCAGUGGAACCUGGGUAGAUAUUUGUAACAACCCAACAAUGGAAGCUGAAAUCCUGCAAGAGAUAAAAGAAGUGGCAAACAAGAUGAAAUUAGAAAGGUUUGAAAUACCCAUCAAAGUACGGUUAAGCCCUGAACCAUGGACCCCAGAGACGGGGUUAGUAACAGAUGCUUUCAAGCUCAAAAGGAAAGAACUGAAAAACCACUACAUCAACGACAUUGAAAGAAUGUAUGGAGGCAAAUAAAUUCUGGUGACCAGCAGUUGUGCAGAUGGUUCUCUCUCAUGCCUUGGAUUUGGAUGUCUCUGUAUACUGUAGAUAGCACACAUUCAGAAAAUACACCAAAUGGAUUAGUGUUUCUGUAAUCUCUAUCGAGUGCACCAGAGAGUAUUUUAGACUCCAAAUUCUUAAUUAGUAGCAGUUUAGAUACUGAUGGUCCUCAUAGAGUUUCAUGUGAUCAUCUCCAGUUUUGAGACAGACAUCAUUAUGUGAAGCAGUAUGACCAGGCAAUCUUAUUGUUUCUCUAGCAUAUUCUGACUGCUUGCAACUUCUUUUUUCUGAAGUCUGGCCUAUAUUUCAAAGAGAAAAAUUAAUGUAACUGUGAUGAUUCUUCUGUCAUAGUAAGGGAGUGAGGGAGGAAAACAAAUACGUAUUCAAAGUCUACCCUUCUCCAUUUACAAACAAACCCAGGAUGACCAGGUUGAUCAAGAACUUGCUAGAGAUCACUAAUAACGCACUGCUUGAGGAUGGAUGGACUCUUCUGCACAGCAGUUAGUGUCUUGAAUAUUUACAGUGCCUAAACAAGAAUAUAAAAGUACACUUACUGAAAUAAAGGUGAACUGAAAAGCUUUCUCCAACCAACUUAUUUGAAAUUUCAUUCAAGAGCAUUGAAUUAACUAUUUCAACUUCUUGCUCACCCAGUAAGUUUUUACUUGCCACUGUAUUAAUUCAAGCAGAGCUUUCCACUAGGACACACAGCACAAAAAACAACAAAGACUUGCACUGCUACAGGAGGUGCUGAUGAGAAAUAGUCACCUGAAUGCAGAAUGCAAAACUUGCUUUUUUGUUGUGAGUUGUCCCUAAGCAGAUCUGAAAGUCAAAGGCAUUUCGGGUUUUUGGUGUGCGUGUCUGCCCCCCUUUUUUUCCCCUUUUUUUAGGGGUGGUUGAUGGUUUUGUUUUUAAGGCACUGCUCCUCUAGACAUUCACAAACAUGUGAGUAACAGUACAGGUUACCUGCAUGUAGCAUAAAGGAUCAGGACCUAAAUGUCUCUAUUAGCUGUAUGGAAAGGUAUUUAUGUUCACCUUUUAUAUCUGGCAAGCAUAACAAGGCAGCCAGAAACCAACAGGAGUUUCCCCAUGGAGCCCUGUUUCCAGUCUGGAAAGUCAGUCAGUAACCAGGGAGGGAAUCUGUUUUAUGGACCUUGUGAAAAGGGACAAGUGACUCUUUAAAGAAAUUCAUUACAAAAACCAUUCUCUUAUUAACUGGAAGUCAUAGAUGUGAAGGAGUGGGAAGACAUGAUUUAAUAAUAGUUCAUCAUUCUGUGUGCAGAAUCCUGUACUGUGUCGUUUGAAUUGUAACUGAGCUCCUGCAGCCCUGCUGGCUCUUCACACUUGAACCAUAAAUGCUGUAAGAAGUGGAGGCUCUCGAUACUGUUCUCCUUUGCACUUUCUUAAUCGUUUUAUAUAUGUUGCUUACAUUUUGUACAGCUGUGGCUCUCAACUGCUACAUAUGACAAAUUCAUUUUAAAGUAUUUAUAGAUUUCUAUUGAUAAUAUUUGUGUUGUGUAUAUGAUGGUUAAAAAGAAACAUUAUUUGGUAUUGUCACUGUACAGAAAAUAAAGAUUUUGUACAAUGCUGCUCUCAAACACACUAGCUUGCAGUUUCAGGGCAAGUUCUUCCUUCAUUGCAUGUAUGUGCAUUUUUCUUUUUUCCAGUUCAAAUUUUGGCAAAAAUAAAUAAUGGC